AUGUUUUUUUUUGUGUUUCUGGUUUGUUUAUGACGCGGGUCACUGUCUCCGUUAGCUUGACAGCUGACCAAGUAUAUGCUGUUGUAAAAACGCGCUUUAUUGGUGCUUUCAUAGAAAAAUACUGUGCUGUGAAGGAGACAGAUUUAUAAGAGGGUAGAAAGCUAGCAGCAGUAGGCGUUGGUCCGCCGUGCGAGUAGAUUACAUUUGUUAGCCUAGCAUUUUGACUAGCAUACUGUAACGUUAUGCCGUGACGUUGGACAGAAAAAGUGGUUGACGACCCCGGAGGAAAGUAUUUUAAAUUAUAAUACACACACAGAGAGGACAAGUGCAUGUGUGUGGCACUUUGAUUCGCAGGUUAGGCUUUUAAACAGCUGCCUGGCGACUAUAUUUGAGUAGCUUGUAAGCUAAAUUCAUGUUAGCAUGGCGUCAGAUACAAGUGACACCGAGGAAUUCUAUGAUGCUCCUGAGGACGUUCACUUUACUCCAUCUCCAAAAGUGUCACCUGCAAAGUUUUUCAUUCCUUCUCCCAAGCUUUCACAGAGACCAGUAAACGCUGCACAAGAUGUGAGUUGCGGAGUGGCCGCAUCCGAGAAUCAGCAAGAUGAUCCCCUACUGAUCAUUGAUAGCAUCAUUGAGGAGAGUCAAAAGGGAAGUGCUGGUGAGGUGGCCGAGGUGGCUGAGCUGUUGAAUCAGCUUCAUGUUGAUGUGAGAGCAGAACCGGAGGCGGAGGAAGAGGAUAAUGCUCAGGAAGUUCCUGCGGGGCUAGCAGCACCGGCUUUCCAACCUCAACCUGUGGAGAGGCCAGAGGAUCAACAGGAAAGUGCUGCAACAAACGGAGCAUGCUCCAUACCUGAACCCGCAGACCUCCCAGGGCCAUCAGUCGGCUCACAAGAAGGCGUUCAGCCCCCAGACAUCACCAGCACCGUCAGACUGAGUCACCCUGGAGGGGCUGGGGUGGAUGGUGAGGGGGAGUGGGGGCACAGACCUGCAGAUAUCUUAGACCAGGUCCCAUUCGCAGAUGGGUCGGCUGACUCGGACUCCUCUGGUCCUCUGAAACCCCCGCGGCAAUUCACAGCGGAACCAGACAUUGUAGCAAGCACCAAGAAGCCUCCUCCCUCUCGCCCCCCCCCUCCCAGCGGAGGACCUCCACCCAGGCCGCCCCCCCCAGCUUGGCAGACUCUACCUUCCAGGAAGUCUCAGGAGUGUCUCAGACCAAGUGGACUGGAAGUGUCUGCAGGCGGCUGUGAGGUCCUGGAGCCGUCCGGCCUGGUGUCUCCCAGCAGCACGGUGAGGAGCCUCACCAAAGAGCUGCAGCAUUCCUUGGAUCUGGCCAGCGCCAUCAGUGGAGACAAAGUGGUCACAGCGCAGGAAAAUGAGGAUGGCCGGGCCUCGUCUGACAACGGAGGAGAAACUCCAGGCUCCCAGCGGCCACGUUCCAAUUCUGGUAGAGAACUGACAGAUGAAGAAAUCCUUGCCAGUGUGAUGAUCAAGAAUUUGGACACUGGAGAAGAGAUCCCUUUAAUCCAGGCAGAGGAGAAACUUCCUGCAGCGAUAAACCCCCUCACUCUGCACAUCAUGAGGAGGACCAAGGAGUACAUUUCGAAUGAUGCAGCGCAGUCGGACGACGAUGACAAGGCUCAGGCUCCUCUGGUGGACACAGAUGGAGGAAAACUCAAACAGAAAACGACCCAGUUUAAAAAGUUCCUGGGCAAGUCUGUGAAGAAGGCCAAGCAUCUGGCUGAGGAAUACGGAGAGAAGGCAGUCAACAAAGUGAAAAGUGUGCGAGAUGAAGUGUUCCACACAGACCAGGACGAUCCGUCAUCGAGUGACGAUGAGGGCAUGCCUUACACCCGGCCCGCCAAGUUCAAGGCAGCACACAGCUUCAAGGGCCCCUUUGACUUUGAUCAGAUUAAGGUUGUGCAGGACCUCAGUGGAGAGCACACGGGGGCCGUGUGGACGAUGAAGUUCUCUCACUGCGGGAGGCUGCUGGCCACAGCCGGCCAGGACAAUGUGGUUCGCAUCUGGGUCUUGAAGACUGCUUUUGACUACUUCAAUAAUAUGAGAAUGAAGUACAACACUGAAGGUCGAGUUUCACCGUCUCCUUCUCAGGAAAGUUUAUGCUCCUCUAAAUCUGACGACCACCUGGCAAGUUGUGCUCCAGAGGACCCAGACACUGAAGAUAGAAACGCCCCUUUCCGUCAAAUUCCUUUCUGCAAGUAUAAAGGUCACACGGCGGAUCUUUUGGACUUGUCCUGGUCAAAGAACUUCUUCCUGCUCUCCUCUUCCAUGGAUAAAACGGUGCGAUUGUGGCACAUAUCGAGGAGAGAGUGUCUCUGCUGCUUUCAGCACAUUGAUUUUGUCACAGCCAUUGCUUUCCACCCCAGAGAUGACAGAUACUUUUUAAGUGGCUCUCUGGAUGGGAAGCUACGACUCUGGAACAUUCCUGACAAGAAGGUGGCGCUGUGGAACGAGGUGGACGGCACAACACGUCUCAUCACGGCAGCUAACUUCUGCCAAAAUGGGAAGUACGCCGUCAUCGGAACGUACGAUGGCCGAUGCAUCUUCUAUGACACGGAGCGUCUGAAAUACCACACUCAAAUUCAUGUGAGGUCCACCAGAGGCAGGAACAAAGUAGGACGCAAAAUCACCGGCAUUGAGCCACUACCUGGAGAGAACAAGAUUUUGGUGACCUCAAACGAUUCCCGCAUCCGCCUUUAUGACCUGAGGGACUUGUCUUUAUCCAUGAAAUACAAAGGUUAUGUCAACAGCAGCAGCCAGAUCAAGGCCAGCUUCAGUCAUGACUACUCCUUUAUAGUCAGUGGUUCAGAGGAUAAGUACGUGUACAUCUGGAGCACUUACCACGACUUGAGCAAAUUCACUUCUGUACGACGGGACCGCAAUGACUUCUGGGAAGGAAUUAAAGCACACAAUGCAGUGGUCACCUCAGCAGUUUUUGCACCCCACCCAGGCCUUAUUGUUCCGCCAGAACCUGGAGCAGACAAACCAGAAGCAGAGUGUAAGAGCCUGGACUCCACUGACUCUGAAACCAUACCCUCAGGAGCCCUAAAGACGGAUCACACAGAGGUUCUACUUUCUGCUGACUUCACUGGAGCCAUCAAGGUUUUCAUCAAUGUAAAAAAGUACUGAGCAUUGCAGAGGCUGUCAGCUCCUCACACUCAGGCAGACUGCAGGAGAUCGGUCCUGAAGACGAAGGAGAGUCUGUCAGGGGCCUUCUGACGUCACCCACUACCUAACGGUUAUCGCUCUGUGACAAAGAGCCGUCUGUAGCCUUCUUUCGGGAAAACAUGGACCCUAAAAUAGAAGGGAAUAGAUGGAGGAAAUGGACUGUACAAUACAGAGGAGGUGUGAAUCCCGGUCACGUUUUUUUAAUCUUGAAUACCAAGCAACUGUGAACGGUUCUGCGCUAAGGGAAAAAAGAGCCGGAAAUGCCAAGCGUGUGUGUUGUCUGUUCAGAAACAUACGUGUUCAUUUACAGCUGUGUGGUCCGGAUGGAGUAUGGCAAGAUUAGGUUAUUUUGUAACAGUAUGGGUACCUUACUAAUUUCUUUUGCUCCCAUGUUUUAGAAAAGUCCUAAUGUCAGUCACACAUUUACGUGUCUUAACGAGAUGUAACCAUUUGUCUGAAGCAAGGUGGUUUGAAAUGAUUUGUGCCUAAAUCUAGAUCACUUUUCUAAAUUAAACUUCUAAAAUCUUAUUUCUGUAAUUUAUCGAACAUUUUAGCAGAUGACAGCAAAUCUACGGUACAUGAAAUCAGUAUACGGUUAUUAUUGAUUUGGGCUGGGUAUCUUUAAAAAUGGUCAAGAACAAUAUUGGCUCUUAAGACGUUUUGAUAUUAUUAUUUUUCAAUUAAAGCACAUUAUUAUUAUUAAUGUUACUGUAAAUUCAGUGUGUAACAUUGCAUACAGAACCAAACAAUGCUCUAUUUACUCAAUAAAAGUCCACACAAACUAGAAGAAUGCGUGUUGACGACAUUUUUUAACAUUGGAAAAAAAAGAGACCAGUAAAAGUAGUUUUGAUACCUGGCCCUACAAAUCAUCUCCUCCACACACACGUAAUAUCAACAUCCGUGAUUUAUUUAGUGUCAGAACUCUGCAGCAACAUUUCAGCUUAUCAUUUUAAAAACAAACAUUAAAACAAAAAUAUAUAUAAUUAGUUACAGUGUUCAAACUUCAUCAUACAAAAAAAAAGAGUGCAGAGUCUUGCAUGGAGAGUGUGAGUUGGGACCAAAAGAGCGGACAUGUUCGUCUGAUUUAAAGAGUGCUGUGUAACCCAUGGAUACCAGCAGGGUAAUGGAUGACCAGAGCUGAGAGUCAGUGUUUGCUCUUCUUUGCUUUCUUAUGGGAGCGAUGUGGCGACCGCGACCUGGACUUCCUGGUCUUCCGGUCUGGAGAUGGUGAUCGGGAACGCUUGGACCAUUUGGGAGACCUUGUCCUGUUUAAAAAAAGAAUUGAAAGUUAACAGACUGACAGAAAGACGUUAUGGAUGAAUGCAUUGGCUCCACAAAUAAAUCUCAUGGCACUUGCUUUAAAGGAGAGAUGCUCCUCGACUUUCGGGCGUGGUCGUCUGGAUCUCGACUCCUCCCUCGUCUCCUGACGCCCUCUUCACUUCGUUUGCUCCGAUCUCUGUCCCUCCUGUCAUCCUUCGACCUGUCUUUGGGCUUUGAUGUCAGUCUCUCGUUUUUGUCUUCAUCCUUUUCAAACUCCUACAGUAGACACGGUGAAACAUCCCAAUGAAGUCAGAUAAAAGGCUUUUAUUGUUUUUGUCUGUUAAGAUGCAAAAUACGACACAACUGGCUUGUAAUUCGCCAAUCAAUUACUAAUUCAACUAAAACAUAGUGCAGGUUCUCCACAAGGGGGAGCUGUUUAGUUUGUAGGACCCAUUUAACACAUGCUUACCUACAGAAAUGAAAGAUAUCGGCAUUAACACUUACAGGCAGGGUAACAGUUUUUUUGACACAGAAACAAAACUCUUUGUGUCAAAAACAAUAAUUCAAGCAGUGUAACUGAAAUACUACGACCACAAAAGUAUUUGUAUAUCAAAUACUCACCCUGGGUUAACUAUAAUUCAUAACAAAAACUAAUCACAAAAAAUGUAGAAAAUUAUUUUGAAUUGAGGGAAAUGGUGGCCUUAUUUAAAAGAAAAGAUAUUUUGAAACAUUUUCCAAGAGUUUUAACUGGAAAUGUGUGAGCGGAAAUGCAUGUGUUUUGUAAGUAGUGAGCAUUCUUCUGGGAGAUGAAACCUUCUGAAGAUGUUUGUUGAUUACGUUUUGCUGUUGAUCAAAGCCCCAAUUUACCCUUUUUCAUGAAUAAUUUUCUGUAUUUUUGGGUACAUGCAAUGAUAUAAACGUUUUCUUCAAAUUACCACAGGGUUAGUAAUUGAAAAUGGGUAUCUUGUGUGUAAAAUAUUCUGAAAGUACUCAAAAUAAUCGGUUUAUAGUAGAAAACACAUUAGGAUACAAACAGCAGCUGAAGCUAGACGCUCCCUCUCAGUUGGUGCAGAUCUAAAAUGGCUUGCUACCUGGCUUUGCAGUUUCACUUUGGGCGUGUCUAACACUGUUUUUUUUACCGUGCCAACUGACUAAUUUCACAGUCUAAUUUUAAUGUACUAAUAGCAAGCACUUUUGUAAAUGUUGCCCCAUGCUGUUCUUGAUUAAAGAAAUGUUUCUAUUA